CGUUAGCCCAUAGGCUGGACUGUCAGACUGUGAAGGGGCGGGACAGGUUGGGAGGAGUGUAUACAAUAUAAGAAAGGAUGGCCAAUCGCUUGUUUCGCCAUGUGUAGGAUAGAGACCAGAAAAAGUUUUUUUUAAGUUAGCUUAGCUAGUUAUAGUCGACUUUUUUGUUGUUGCCUGGAGUACUUUUCAGCCGUUGUUUUCACUGAACGUCAGCUAACGUUCUAUUUUUAAAUUUUACUGCGCGAGGCAUUUUUAACGGGAGGAUUUUCAACAAAAAAAAGUGCGGAGCUGUCAACACACAAGUGCCAAUAUUUUUUCUUAAAGAACUUUUUCUUCAACCGAUAAGGCCGUGUGAUUAUUUUUUCUUUUUUAAAUUCUGAAAAGUAGCCUAUUUUUUAGUUGAACGUGUCCGUCAGGUUAGCCCCGUCGCCAUGGAGAGGAACGAAUGUCACUCAGCAACGCACGAGUAUCCAAAUCCGUUUAUAUGCCAGGUGAAGCUGACCAGAGCACAGAGGAUCAGGGGCAUCAUCCUGGGCAGCAUCCUCUUCCCUCUUCGCGUCACCCUGGCGGCUCUUAUUUUCAUCAUUAUGUGGCCUUUUGCCCGGCUGCGUUUGGCCGGCCUGUCCGAGGAGGAACGCUCUCGGCCUAUCAAGGGCUGGAGGCAGUGGCUCCUUCACCCGAUCCUCUGGUCGCUGAGCCGAGCUGCCUUCAUGAUCCUGGGCUUCCUGCGGAUAAGGGUCACUGGUCGCAGGGCGGACCUGAAGGAGGCGCCGGUGCUGGUGGUGGCGCCUCACAGCAGCUUUCUGGACAUGCUGGUUCUGCUUCCAACCCAGCUGGCAACGGUGGUGUCGCGGUCAGAGAACGCCAGCCUGCCGGUCAUAGGAGCUCUGCUGGAGUUCAACCAGGCUGUACUGGUGAGCAGAAAGGAUCCAGAAUCGAGGAAAAAGGCAGUCACACAGGUCACAGAGAGGCUGACCUCUAAUGGCUACUGGCCUCAGAUGCUGAUGUUUGCUGAGGGAACCACAACUAACGGCAGCGCUCUUAUCAAAUUUAAACCUGGCGCCUUCCUCGCCGGAGUCCCGGUCCAACCUGUUCUGUUGCGUUACCCCAACAAGCUGAAUACUGUCCGCUGGUCAUACAAAGGAACAACCUGGUUUGAGGCACUGUGGCACACAACUUCUCAGUUCUACACCAACAGUACCGUUGAGUUCCUGCCAGUUUACAAGCCUUCCCUGGAGGAGAAGAAUAAUCCCAACCUGUAUGCAGACAAUGUUCAGAAACUCAUGGCCAAGGCCCUCGGAGUGCCAGCUACAGAUUAUGUGAUGGAGGGCCGAGUUCCUGUCAACCAGCUUGGUGGUCUCUCUUUCCCACUGGAGUCACCUGCCCGGGAAACGCUCUCGCUGUUGCACAGAAAUGGUCUGGGAGCGCAUGAAGUGGAAGCGGCACUGGACAGAAUGCUGGACAGGUGUCAGUCAGGAGCUCAGGGCUCAAAGGCCAGUGCAGAGGAGCUCGCCUCUAUCCUCGGGCUGACAGAUAGGCCGACAGCCGUCACCAUCUGUGGCCUCUACUCCAAGGAUGAGAUUGUGGACCUGAGGCAGAUCUAUUUGACUGUUGCCGCUCUGUCAGGAUCUGUCAGCUUCAAGUCACUACUUCAUACUGGUUUUACUCUGUUUGACAGAGAGGGCAGAGGCAGUCUGAGUGCAGAGGAGCUGGCAGACCUCAUGGGGGCGCUGCUGGGUUUUCCUCAGCGUCACACUGCUGAGCUUUACACACAGGCCUCCAUUCAAGGCCGGCUUACUGAAGAAAACCUGAUGCGAGUGCUGACGACCCACCCGACCUAUCAGAGAGUGGUGAACGAGUACAUGCAGCCAUUGGAGGCGGGCUCCCAGCUGGCCAAUAGGAAGGCUGUAAAUAACAACGGAAACAUGCGCAACGGCAACGAAUCACUCUACAAAAACAAAAAGUUUGAAUAAGGAUUUUUUUUUUUUUACGGGAUGUUAAGUUUGUUGGCAUCCUUGAAUGCAGUAACGGGACAUAUAAACCAGAAUAAUCAUCGACAAAGUAUUGUAUUUUUCUAAGUUUGAUGCCAGUGUGUUUGGAUGUGUGUGUCCUUGUAUAUUUAAGGACUUGAAGUUGUGUUCAUGUUUACCAGUGUAGAUUUUUAAUAAUCCAAAAUAAAUCUUUUCCAGAUGCUGUUAAAAGGCUACUUACUUUUACUUUUGUCAUUUGAAGCCAUAAAAUGUCUUAUUUAUAUGAUGUAUA